AUGCCUUCCUCCGUCGAAUACAUUACCACUCCCCGGGAGCCUUUCAAUUACGAUGCUGAUCCUGUUGAGGCCAUGACCUCGUACUCUCGAUUGAUGCAUCUACACACCAAGCAACAAAUGGACGCUGCGACUCAAGCAGCCCGCCGACGAAGUCCUUCUGCCGGUGUCGAUUCCCAAGGACAGACUGGCUUCUCUAAGCAGAGUACCCAUAGCAGUUCAUCUUCUCGGUCUUCGUUUUGA